CUCCACUUGGCUGUUUGAAUCACAACUUCUGCUGACCUGAUUUACACCAGUGAUGACACACAGGGACAAAGACAUAUAUAGACAAGCCUGAAGAUCACAAAAAUGGAAAACGACUGUGUCAGUGUUAAUGCUAGUGCUCCCCUCUUCAUUAAUGAAGGAGAUGAUGAGCCAGUUGAAGCAGCUGGUGGAAACUUACUACUGAGUCCAGCUCAGUCUGACCACACAUUCAUGGGAGUGAAUUUGUGCCAGACUUUGUCGAUUGGACCGUACUUGAAAGAAAUGGAUGAUCUUCUUAAGAAUUGUGAAAAACUUACAGGUAUAAGUGAAAACACUUGGGAUGAAACAAGUGUUUGUUCCCAAGAGUACAUGUCCACAAGCUGUAUAGACACAGAAGAAGUCCAACUACAAGACACUGGCUUUGACAAAUGUGGGUCAGAAACAUGUGUUUCCUCUGCAAUGCCCUUGACAUCUGCAGGUAACAAACUCAGUGAGAGCAUGGCUGAAUAUGAAGGACAACUCAUGGACAUGUUAGCCAUGUUGGAGAGCUGUGAGGAUGACAACAGCAUGGAUUAUAGACCACAGGACUGGAGUCCCAAUGAGGAGUAUGUACACAUCCCUAAACUCUUUAAGGAAACAGGAAAGACGUCACUGGAAUCAAAUAAAUCCAUGAUACUGGAGGCCCAUGCAGCAAUCAACUUCUGUGAUCAUCAAGACAGCACAAAUGAGAUUCAAUCCAGGAAGAGAGCUGCAAGAGCACUAACACACAAUAUUUACAACAGCGACAAUGCCAAAAGUCUGACAGUGCAAAGCUCAGAUGAAUGCAGUAAAGAUCAUAACAGUGAAGUUGCCCUUAACCCUUCUUUGUGGACAAAGCCUAAGCAAAUCAUGUGUCAGGUGACACACACUGAAGAUGAAUGCAAAUUAAAGGAUGCUGGCAACAGUGACCUUAAUGACUCUACAAUUGACAUGGCACGUUUAAGUGAUGGUGUGUCUGAAUUACAGUCUCUGGGGCCUAAACUGGAUGAGUUCAUAGAUGAAGUCCAAAGUCUAGUACAGAAAAGGAGGGAGCUGCAGACUGAGGUGAUGAAACUAUGUGGGUACAGCCAACAGGAGCAAACAACAGAACUAAAUGAGGAGGACGAGGAACAAGGCCAAGGCAAAGUGGCAGAACUGAUUUUGAGACUAAAAGAGGCAGAACAACUCCAAAAAUGAAAAAAAGCAAGAGGGAAAUUGAAAACUUAAGGCAUGAACGGGCAGAAGAAGAGAGAAAACUGUGCCGUGUCAAUGUAGAGAGACAGACACUACACAACGAACAAUGGAGGCUAAAAAGGAAUCUCUUUGUUGUUGCCAAGGAGUGUGCCCAGAACCAGGCAGCACUAAGGUCACAACAACAACAUGUGGAACUACUUAAGAAAGAAGAGGAGAACCUACAAACUGCAGAAGUCCAGCUGAGGGAAGACAGAAACAAGCUGAUACAAGAACAUCAAAACCAGCUUUUGAACCUUCAAAAAAUGCUUGAUCUUGUCACUUCCAGCCAUUUAAGUAACACUCAAGAAGAGAUGAGCCAGUCCAGGAGGAACUCCUGCGGUGAUGUACAACAAUAUCUGCAGGACAGCCUCAAGGCACUGGAAGAACGGUAUGGGCCUGUUCUGGUGGCACUUUUGAAGAGGAGAGACUCAGCUGUGGAUUCUAUUGCAAAGGUGAAAGAGCAGGCCCAGGAGCACAGGGUCCAGCUCACACCUCUGAGAGAGGAGAUACAGAAACUGAUGCUCCAGAAAGUUUGUUUAGAAGAAAAACUCAGGCUGAUGAGUUUCCAAAGAAAAGAGGAAAUGGGACAAUACAAGGAAGUGGUUAACUCAUUGGAAGAGAGCUGCAGACAACUAAAGAUGGAGCUGAGAAUUCAGAACACAAAAAACAGUGAGAUGAAGGAACUAAAAGAAAGACUCAACAAACAGCUGGCAGCAUACAGGUCUGCUAUUGAAGAUCAUGUCACCACCGACAACGAGAUAACAAAUAUUGAUCCUUGAUGUAGCUUGUUGAACUAGCC